CCCACUUUAUCCUUUUCUAUUUGCAACUGGUGCCACGCCCUCAUGAGUCGGCUGGGUCAAGUUAAGCAAGUGUCUUCCAGCUUCAGACCAACCGCAGCACCGCAUCGAAGUGGGUUCACACUUUUUAUUCCUGAGAAAAGCUCUUUGGACCUUUUCAGUUGAACGAUCCUCUGCUUAUCUGUGGAAUAUUGAAACAGUUUUAAAAGCCGUCUAGUCAACUCGUUAUCCUCCAUAAUAAACUGCUCUUCCCAUUAGGACUUGAAAUAAAGAAGAAGGCAUCACGUUUAAAGAUGCUUUGUGCCUUUUCCCUCUGAAUUUAAGUGUGAGAGAGGGCAGGGAGUGGAGAAGAAACGGUACAAACAUCUCCACGGGCUUCAAUAAUUCACUUUGAGAGCAGAGGGCGCGUUGGAGAGCUGGUGAUGGCCGGGUGUUGUAUAUCGGCGGAGGAGAGAGAGAACCAGAGGAUCAACGAGGAGAUCGAGAAGCAGCUGCGGAGAGACAAGAAGGACUCGCGCAGGGAGCUGAAGCUGCUGCUGUUAGGUACAGGAGAGAGUGGAAAGAGCACCUUUAUCAAACAAAUGAGAAUUAUCCAUGGAGGAGGAUACACGGAUGAGGACAAGAAGAGCUACGCCAAACUGGUCUUCCAAAACAUCUACACGUCCAUGCAGACCAUGGUCCGAGCUAUGGAGACGCUUGGCAUAUCUUUCUCCGAUCCCCAGAACCAGAGCAAUGCCAACUCAGUCCUGGAGGUGGAGGUGGAUAAGGUAGAGGAUUUGGAUCAAAGCCUUGCGAUGGCCAUCAGCAGUCUGUGGAAGGAUGGAGGAAUACAAGAGUGCUACGACCGACGCAGGGAAUACCAGCUGUCUGACUCCACCAAAUACUAUCUCACCGACCUGGAUCGAAUUUCACAGCCCUCUUACAUACCUGACCUUCAGGACAUCCUCAGAGUCCGAGUGCCAACCACAGGUAUCAUUGAAUACCCCUUUGACAUGGAGAAUGUCAUCUUCAGAAUGGUGGAUGUGGGGGGUCAGAGGUCAGAGCGGAGGAAGUGGAUCCACUGCUUUGAGAAUGUCACCUCCAUCAUUUUCCUGGUGGCCCUCAGUGAGUAUGACCAGGUCCUGGUUGAGUGCGACAAUGAGAACCGUAUGGAGGAGAGCAAGGCUCUGUUCAAAACCAUCAUCACCUACCCCUGGUUCCAGCGCUCCUCUGUCAUACUUUUCCUCAACAAGACCGACAUCCUCCAGGAGAAAAUAAUGUACUCUCACUUAGCCACCUACUUUCCUGAAUUCACAGGACCUCAGCAGGACCAGAAUGCAGCUCAAGAAUUUAUCCUGAAAAUGUAUCAAGAACAAAACCCCGACACGGACAAGAAGUUGUACUCUCACUUCACCUGCGCCACAGACACAGAAAACAUCCGCUUUGUCUUCGUGGCCGUCAAAGACACCAUCCUCAGACACAACCUGAAGGAGUUCAACCUGGUGUAAAAAAAGGAUGAUGACAGGAGGGUAAAAGGCAAGAUAAGAGGAGAAUUACAUUUAAAAAAAUCUCAGGUUCAAAUAUUUUCAUUUCAAACAAGUGAGCUCUUAUGUGCUUGUAGAGCCUAAGAGAAUAUGAACAUGUUGUGAUAAGACAUACUCCAACUAUUGAUUCUGUAGGAUGCUGUCGAAAAUAUACCUUUAUAGUUUCAGAUCUAGUCUUUACUGUAU